AGGCAAGGACUGCCAUAGUAUUUCAGGACUCUUACUAUCAGCGUUUAUGUACAAGCAUCCGUGCAGCAUGAGCGAGGAAGAUUAUCAGCCUUUAAUGGACUUGGCAAGGCAUCCCAUUCCAUGCAACAAGUCACUGUUUUGGAGCAAGACCAAUAACCUUGUACAUCGUUACACGAAAGCGAAUCGUGAUUUCCUUACGCUGGAGGACACCUUGCUGGGCUAUAUAGCAGAUGGAAUGUCGUGGUGUGGAAUCUCCAGUGCUCCCGGAAUUGACUACUACUCCUGCCCAAAAUGGAACGAGUGUGAGAACAACCCUGGUUCCGUAUACUGGAAAAUGGUGUCCAAGAUGUUUGCAGACGCAGCGUGCGGUACAGUCCAAGUAAUGCUCAAUGGGUCAAUAGAAAAUGGUGCAUUCAGAAACGGCAGCAUUUUUGGAAGCAUUGAAAUACUUCACUUAAAUCCAGAGAAAGUCUCCACAGUAGAAGUUUGGCUUAUGCAUGACAUUGAAGGAACUCAAAGUGAAUCUUGUGCAGGGCCAUCCAUAAAAAUGCUGACAAGCAUCCUAGAAAACCGAAACAUCAGCAUCACUUGCAAAGAGAAUCACAGGCCAGUCCAGUUGCUUCAGUGUGCCAGCAAUCCUGACCACGCCACCUGCAGACUUUGCCCGUAUGCCACACAGUGA